GGGCUGUCCAUAAAAACACAAAGAGGAAAAGUAAAACCAGAUGUAGUUGGACAGAAGGAACGGGGUCACCCGAGGCAGGAGACCACGAGCAGCAGCGCGGCGGAGAGCCCGCGGGGGCACAGCCCCGGCCCCACAACCGCGGCCCCAUCAUCGCGGCUCCACAGCGGGGGCAGCUCCUGGCUGGGACCGGCGCUGCCCGUGGCGCUCCGGCAACUCCGGGCGCUCGGCUCGCAGCCCAGGCAGCCCGGGAACUGCUCGGCCCUGACUUAUUUGGAAAGCGAAAGUGAAGCGAAGGCCACGUGUUUUCCGAGAAGGCGGGGAAGCAGCCGCAGGGAAGCGCCGCCGCGUUAAAUAGAAAGCAGAGGCGAUGAGCGGGCCCAGAGCGCUGGAGCUGCCGCCCGCCCGCGCGCCCCGCGGGAGCCCCGGCUCGCUGCGCCGCCAGGCAGAGCCCCCGCGCGGAGGAUGCUCGGCCGCCCGCCCCGGCCAGCACUAACCGCCGCCGCCGCUGCGCCGGGCCCGGCGCGCCCCUGCCCGCAGCCCGCGCCCCGCUGCGCGCUCCGGCGACGGCGCCCACCCGCGGAGCCCCGGGCCGAGAAUAGCUGCUGGAAAGCUGCCCUGCCGUAGCCACUGACGCUAUGGAAGACCGCAUCCGCUGGUCUAGGCUGUAGGAUGGUAGCGCACAGCAAGGUGUCAGCAGAUAAUGCAGUUGCAGCAGACCCGAGAUGUCUACUUGACCCUCCAGCACGGGAUCGUUCACAGGCUCGAGGCUACCACGGCUCCGGCCGGCCCAGCACUGUGCAGGCACAGAGCAACACGCACUUCCGAACCUUUCGCUCGCAAGCGGAUUUCAGUAGCAUCACUCGAGCAAGCAGCCUGCUGGAUGCCUGUGGCUUCUACUGGGGACCUCUGACUGUCAGUGCUGCCCAUGAGAAGCUGAAGUCUGAGCCCGAGGGCACCUUCCUCAUCAGGGACAGCACACAAAAGAAUUGCUUCUUUGCCAUCAGUGUUAAGACUGCGACUGGGCCCACCAGCAUCCGGAUAAACUUUCAGACAGGGCGUUUCAGCCUGGAUGGCAGCAAAGAGACUUUCGACUGUCUUUUCAAGCUCCUGGAACAUUACCUGAGGUCCCCGAGGAAGGUCCUGGUUACCCCCCUGCGCAAGGUCCGCGUGCAGCCCCUGCAGGAGCUCUGCAGGAAGAGCAUCGUGAAGACUUUUGGAAGGGAGAACUUAAACCAGAUCCCACUCAAUCCUGUUUUAAAGGACUAUCUGAAAUCCUUCCCAUUUCAGAUAUAAGUACAGCAUUAACUGUAGAGGGACAUGUAAGAGAUGUGUAAAGAAAUCCAGCUUUCUGGGUUUUUAAACAUGUUUGACAGUGAGCAAACUUAUUUUUGUAGCAAUAUACUGUAUUUUGGGAUAGAGCUUGAACACUUGACUUCUUAUGUUUACAGAAACUGUUUGCACAAACCUGGGGUUUUAAAACCCUGGCAUAAUUUUUCUGCCAAGCAGAAUAUUUUAUUAUUUUAUAAUAUUUUUAAUGAUAUUAACAGAAUAAACUUUAUUGUGGAAGUUUUUAAAAAAA